GUCUCCGGCUUUUAGUUUGGCCUGGGGAAACUCUUCGAAGCAGGAUAAGCGUCAGCACGUCCCGCCGUGAGACGGCGGACUUCCGGCGGUGCUUCGGCAGCUUCCGGCAGAGCCCAGGUCCCCCUCUGAAGCAGCUUUGCUCCCGAAGGCGACCGAGCUCCGGAGGUGUCCGGGGGAGUUCCAGUGUUUGUUGCGGUAAUCUCAUCAGCCCACCAAGAUGGCGAUGCAAGCAGCCAAGAGGGCGAACAUUCGACUUCCACCUGAAGUUAAUCGAAUUUUAUAUAUAAGAAACUUGCCAUACAAAAUCACAGCUGAAGAAAUGUAUGAUAUAUUUGGGAAGUACGGACCUAUUCGUCAAAUCAGAGUGGGAAACACACCUGAAACUAGAGGAACAGCCUAUGUGGUCUAUGAAGACAUCUUUGAUGCCAAGAACGCGUGUGACCACCUGUCCGGAUUCAACGUCUGCAACAGGUACCUUGUGGUUCUGUACUACAACGCCAACAGGGCCUUUCAGAAGAUGGACACCAAGAAGAAGGAGGAACAGUUGAAACUCCUCAAGGAGAAAUACGGCAUCAACACGGAUCCACCAAAAUAAGUUUGCCGCAUUUUCGUUUUGGACUAAAGCUCCCCUGUGACCACUGUCACUUUGCUUUCCUUUUUAAUUAAUACUGAAUAUCUUGAUUUCUUGAAGUUCAAAGAAACUUAGAUACAUAAUAGAAUAUAUUAUGUUAAUAAACUUGUAACUUUCUUUUUGGUGGUACCAGGGGUCGAACUCAGGACCUUGUGCUUGAGAGGCAGGCAGCAGAACCACUGCCAAAUCCCCAGCCCCAAUAAACUUGUAACUUUUUGUAAAACAUGUCAAUGCUUUCUCUUCCCCCAUGUUUGAUGUCAGGAAUAAAACAUUUGAACCAUUUGAAGGAUUAUAGUUGGGCUUAGACCCUGAAUGUCUUGAGAGCAGAUGUCUUUUUAUGUACUUUAAUGGCUGUAGUGUCCCAUCCAUUGCUUAGCCAUGAUAGGAACUUGUGGUCUUGCCAUUUACUGAAUGUCUAUCCAUAAUGAUCUCUUAAUAAUUUAAGUUAAGAGAUUUGAUUUGUUUGUUUCAGCCAAGGUCUUGUCAUGUAACCUAGGCUGGUCUCAACCUGCUGUCUUCUUCCCUCAGCCGCUGGAAUAGCAAGGAUUACAGGUAUGCACUACCACACCCAGUUCAAAGUUUAAAAAUCUCCUGCUAGCCAAGUGUGGUACAUCCCUCUAUCCCAGCCUUCAGGAGGCUGAGGCAGAAUUGCCAUGAAUUUGAGGCCACCCUGGGUUCAAGGCCAGCCUGAACUACA